AUGUCAAAUAAUGGUUCUAUGUCAACAUUAUGUUUACAAAAUGAACAUGAAAUCCUUGAUGAUACAAUUACACAUAAACUUUAUCUUGGUUUAACACCAUUUAUUAUUUGUAUUGGAUUACUUGGAAAUAUUCUUACUGUUUGCGUAUUUAUAUUAACAGAUCUCAAAAAACAAUCAGUAUCUAUAAUAACAAUUGCUUUGGCUAUAGCAGAUUCUUUUGUACUUCUUAUUCCUGUUUCAAUUCUAUGGCUUGAAAAAGUCUUAAGACGAGAACUCACUGAUCUUUCACCAUUUUGGUGUCGUACUCAUGGUGUUUUUGAUUUAGCUUUUACAUGUUGUUCAAGUUGGUUAAUGGUUUGUAUAGCUUUUGAACGUUUUUGUGCUGUUUGGUUACCGCAUAAUAAUAAAAUCAUAUUUACACAUCGAAGAACACUUAUACUUGUUCUUAGUAUUGUUUUUAUUUCCACAAUUUUAUCAACAUGGUUUAUAUUUGCUGUUAAAAUGACUCAAUUUCCAUUAAUGCCAUUAGAAAAUUCAAUGGAUAGUAUUUUUUUUCUUUUAGCAAAUUAUACAGAAAUACCAUUUUCAAAAUGUAGUGUUUAUGAUGAGAAUCUUUAUGAUUCAAUGGGUAUGGCUUCUAUUAUAAUUAAUUAUAUUUUACCAUUUAUUUUUGUUUUAUUAUUAAAUUCAACUGUUAUCUAUCGUUUAUGUCAACGUGGAAUGGUUGAAUUAACAUCAUCAAUAACUGUUAUGUUAACACUUGUUUGUUUAGUACAUUUAUUUUGUACAUUACCAUUUCAAUGUUGGUGGAUUUAUUAUGAAAUUCCUGAUCAAACAGGUAAUUGUUUAUGGUUAAAAAAGAAAUUAACAUGGCGUACAAUAACAUUUACAAUACGAAAUAUAAAUUAUAUGGCAAAUUUUUUUCUUUAUUCAUGCUCAUCAAAAUUUUUUCGUGAUGAAUUAAAAGGUUUAAUAUUUUUAUGUUUAUUACCACAUGAAAAAUAUCAAAGUUAUCAUUAUCGUCGACAAUCAUUAUAUGAUAAUAUGCAACAACGUGUUUCUUUAACUCAACUUGUUAUGAGACGUUUAAGUAGAGCAACUGAAGUAACAAAUGCUGGAAUAAUGAUUACUCAAUCAACUGCAAUUGUAGCUAAUAGUCCAAUACGUAAUGUUUAA